AUGAACAUGUUAGACGUAGAACAUGACAGCUUUCACGUCACACGUGAAGGCUACUCCCAUCUGAGUGAAUCAGAAUCGGAGGUAGUCGGCCGCAUGAGUGUGCUCACGGGCGAACUCGCCAUCAGUGGCAUGUUGGAUUCUCUAAGCGGAGACCAGCGACAAGCCGCUAUCAACAAUUUCCUGCAGAAGAACUUGCCGUCGAAAGACGGAAGAUAG